CCCCUUCCCUCUGGAGCUGUGGGGAGGCAGGCUGCCAUGCGCUUUGCCAAUUGCGCUCGCUUUGCGAGGUGUCGCAACAGCCACCUAUCUGCUUGGUCCCGCAAUCUGAACUUUCAGCUGCACCGGGGAGUUGCCUCCUCGCCGCUGCUGCGCGUGGCGGCCGAGUUGAGGCCACAGAGUGGCUGGCCUGAGCAGCGGCUGUCUGCGUCAUACUGGGGCCUGAACCAGGCAUCGGCAGGGAACUGCGACGAUGCCGCUGCUGCUGAGGAGAUCAGCGCCAUCAUCCAGGGACUUGCAGAGCUCGACGCCCUCAGCUGGUCACCGGGCUGGUCUGGAUGCCUCGACCAAUUAGUUGUAGGACAUCAAAUACCAACCAGAACAGCAGUAGGAGGACCAUGCAGGAUGCAGUGA